GAGUGUACGUCCGUAUGAUUCUGGAAUAUUGAUGAGCGGGUAAGCAACGUUCAACAUUGGCAGCAUACCCGACGCUCGCGCACGUGGCGACGGAGGUGCGACAUAUCCCUGGCCGGCGCUUACACAAGUGCGAUGGUUUCACACCAUGGCCAUCGUUGUCCGCCCGCCAAGCUGCAAGCUCAGCGGUUCACGAUGGGACGCGGUGUUUGGACCCCAGGCGCUCGACGUUCGCGCUCCAAAAAUCGAAGAGAGGCCAAUCGAGCAGGCAGAGGGAUGGCAAGUGGUUUGCAGCAGCAGCAACAAGGAGGGACAAGAAACGGACGAGACGGACGCGUGCCUGGGAGACGGCACCGAGACGGCCAAGGAGGUUGCCACGACGCGGGCGGUGCUGGGUGAUCCGAAAUAG